AGCCUUUGGAGGAAAGAAAGUGAAGGAAUCAAGAAGCAUGCAACUCAAUUUGUGUGAAUGGCAUCACAAGGGGAAGGGAUGGAUGUCUGGAUGAAGUGGAGACCUGUCCUAUGGUUCAAUCUCAUGCAGAUAUGAAUCUCAAAUCCAGAGGCAUCACCCUUGCCAACAUUGAUUAAGAUAUUUCCUUCUCUGGGCUUUAGGCUGUGGUCAUCAUCAUCCUCUCAACUGCUGAGACUCCAGGAUCUUUUGGAAGGAUGCUUCAUGCGCUUUGAAAACUGAUUCGCAACCUAGAAAAAGGGUCAAGAGAGAAGCAUCUGUUUGUCCCAUGUCCCACGGGCUACCGUCGCAACAUCAUUCCUGAACCUUUAGAAUAGGACAAAAAAAAAAAGGGUGGGUUCUCCAGCAUCUGAUUUCUGUGAAUUAGCUGGGGAGACGGCAAAAAAAGCGGACACCAUGGAUCCGGAAAAUACACCGGGGGCUGCCAAGUCAGCGGUGGAGAAACUGUCUACUGCCAUGGGCGAAAGAACUAAACAGAUAGGCACGGCUAUGAAAGGGGUCCAGCACCAGAGGAAGCUCAUUCUUUUCAUCGUGUGCGUUGCGCUUUUCCUUGACAAUAUGCUUUACAUGGUCAUAGUCCCUAUUAUUCCAGAUUUUAUUCAAACUAUGAGGUUGAAUAACCAGAAGCUCUUUAGAGACAUAAACUCCAGUAAUUCUUACGCAAACAAGUCCAUAAUCAAGCCAACGUACCCAGUAGAGAAUGAAGACAUCAAGAUCGGUGUCCUCUUUGCCUCCAAAGCCAUCCUUCAACUGCUGGUCAACCCGCUGAGUGGAACCUUCAUAGAUAGGGUUGGCUAUGACAUCCCUCUCUUCAUCGGACUGAUAGUCAUGUUUCUGUCUACGGUCAUUUUCGCCUUUGCCGAAAACUAUGCCACCUUGUUCGUAGCCCGAAGUCUCCAAGGGCUGGGCUCGGCUUUCGCGGACACCUCUGGAAUCGCCAUGAUCGCAGAUAAGUACACGGAGGAGGCAGAGAGGAGCAAAGCACUCGGCAUAGCUUUGGCUUUCAUCUCCUUCGGGAGCUUAGCGGCUCCCCCGUUUGGAGGCAUACUGUACCAGUUUGUAGGUAAAAAAAUGCCCUUCAUCGUUCUAGCGUUCAUUUCUCUUUUGGACGGCAUCCUUCUGCUAAUAGUCAUCAAGCCCUUUGCUAACAGGACUAGAGAAAACAUGCCAGUAGGGACCCCCAUCCACAGACUCAUGAUUGACCCUUACAUAGCUGUGGUUGCAGGGGCGCUCACCACGUGUAAUAUCCCUCUGGCGUUUCUGGAGCCCACCAUAGCAAAUUGGAUGAAGACAACAAUGGGGGCCUCCGAGUGGCAAAUGGGACUCACGUGGCUUCCUGCCUUUUUCCCCCACGUACUUGGCGUUUAUAUCACCGUCAAGCUUGCUGCCAAUUAUCCUCAGUAUCAGUGGUUUUAUGGGGCCAUAGGCAUGGUGAUCAUAGGCGCCAGUUCUUGUACGGUGCCGGCAUGCAAAAACUUUGAACAGCUGAUUGUCCCGUUGUGCGGUCUCUGCUUUGGCAUCGCCCUGGUAGACACUGCCCUGUUGCCCACCCUUGCCUUACUUGUAGACCUCCGCCACGUGUCCGUGUACGGGAGCGUGUAUGCCAUAGCGGACAUAUCCUACUCCGUGGCUUAUGCGCUGGGGCCAAUCGUUGCCAGCCAGAUCGUGCAUACCAUGGGUUUUACCCAGCUUAACCUCGGCAUGGGCCUUGCCAACGUUCUCUAUGCCCCGGCUCUUCUGUUCCUCAGAAACGUAUGCCAAAUGAAGCCCUCUCAUUCGGAGAGGAACAUUUUACUAGACGAAGAACCCAAGGGGCUGUACGACACCAUAAAAAUGGAAGAGCGCAGGGCCAAGUCUGGCAAAGGCAACCCCAAGGACGAUCCCCAGGGGAAUAGUAUAGACGGCUACCACGGGCCCCAGGCAAGUAAAUAUACGUCCGAGGGGGAUUCGUCAGACUAUGAGUAUAGUUAACCCCUUAGGGACAACGGGCGGUCCCUGAACCCAUUGAAAACCAUGCAUUUUUGGAGCCCGUACAUGUCCGGGCUUUGUCAUUAAGGGGUUAAACGUUAAGGUCAUGCUUAGGUUAAGUGCGCUGCUACAGAGCAUUCAGCCAUCUGUUUAUGCAGCAACAAUGAAUCAAAAAAAAAAAAAAUACCAUUUUAUUCUCAUGCCGUAAGGCUUUCCGUUAACCUGUUUUUACGAAUAUCUGUUUCUAUAAGAAAAGUCAAAAGUAUCGCAAAUAUUUUAUCAAAAACCCCUAUAAAAGUGUGUCUAAGACGUCUCACAAUCCUUCAACUUCUAGGUGCAAUAUUUGUGAAAAAUGUCUUUUUUUUUUUUAUGU